AUGAGACGCAUAGUGCAAGCCCUUUCCCCUCUGAGCGCCAGCCACACUACUCCGGCCAGAGAGGCUGAGGGUGGAAUCCGAAAGUUGGGGGAGAAGGAGGAGAAAAAGGAAGAGAAAGAGGGGGCAGCAGGGCCGGUCUUGAUGGCAGAGGGGGCUCUGAAUCCCCCCGGGGCCCUGCUGUCCCAGAGGAGGAAGGCCCAGGAUGGGGCCCCCCAGGGGGUCAAGUUGGAGUUACACCCGCUGCUGAACAGGUGGGCGCUGUGGUUCUUCAAGAAUGACCGCAGCCGUGCCUGGCAGGACAACCUGCAUCUGGUCACCAAGUUUGACACUGUGGAGGACUUCUGGGCAAUGUACAGUCACAUCCAGCUGGCUAGUAAGCUCUCUUCCGGCUGUGACUACGCCCUGUUCAAGGAUGGCAUUGAGCCCAUGUGGGAAGACAGCAGGAAUAAGAGGGGUGGCCGCUGGCUGGUCAGUCUUGCCAAGCAGCAGCGCCACAGCGAGCUGGACCGCCUGUGGCUGGAGACUCUGCUGUGCCUGAUCGGGGAGAGCUUUGAGGAGCACAGCCGGGAGGUGUGUGGGGCUGUCAUCAACAUCCGAACCAAGGGGGACAAGAUCGCCGUGUGGACGAGGGAGGCAGAGAACCAGGCGGGCGUGCUGCACAUUGGGCAGGUCUACAAAGAGCGCCUAGGCCUCUCCACGAAGAUCGUCAUUGGGUAUCAGGCCCACGCAGACACAGCCACCAAGAGCAACUCCCUAACUAAGAAUAAGUUUGUGGUGUGA